UCUCUUUUUUUUUUUUCUUUUUGUUUUCUUUUGUUCAUUUCUGUUUCUUGUUUUCAUUUCAAAUUUGAAAUUUCAAACUCGAAUUUGAGUUGUGGUUUCCACUUCAAGUAUGCACAACCCAAAAAUUCAUAAUGGAUGCAUAGAAAGGUAUCGUUUUAUUAUUAUCUUAUUAUUUUAUACCUUUAAGUAAAGGCAACGACUGCUAUGCAAACAAUCCUUCUGUGCAAGCGUGCAAGCAAACCAUUUGAUCCAUUAGAUUGUGAUCCAACCGUAAGUCAUAUUUAACAUUUAAACCCUUCCACCACAAGCUCAAUAAUCUUUAUAAAAAAACUCCUAAUAAACCAUGAUUGUAUAUGUGGUUGGAUCGUAAUCUAAUGGAUCAGAUGGUUUGUUUGCACGCUUGCAUAGAAGCACUGCUUGCAUAGCAUUCGUUGCCUUAAGUAAAUGCCUAUAAUCAUGCAUUUUAGGAGAAUAUCAUUUGUGAAUGUGUGAUCGAAUUAAAGGUUAAAAUCAAUAAAAAUGAACCUAUGUUGUUUUGCUUAUUUUUAGAGAAGUAACACAUAUUCCCUUUUAAGAAUUUAUUUAUAAACAGUGGAAGGUAUCCCGAAUAUUAUAGUUCAUGAGAGGACUAUUCUAUUCUAAUGUUUUAGGAUUUAUAUUUGGUUAGAAAAAUUUUAGUAUUGCUUAAAUUUAUUUAUUUCAUGAUGUUUUUUCUCUGAUGCAAAUUUUUGGGCUCUACACUUAGACCAUGUGGAAACACUGGGGGACGAUAGAAAUUAAUAACGUAGAAGGAGGCGCCGUGGAAACUCGCUGCCGCCGGCGGUGAGAGCCCGCCGAGAAACGAGAUCAUUUUUUCCAAUGCGAGCGGCGGCGCCAGGAAAGGCAAGCAACUGAUAUCACUGCCACGUGGGCCCUUCCCCUUCGAGGAGCGGCGCAACCGCGCUUCGCGUUAUCCGAAUUCCGAAAAAAACCAACAGCGCGGGCGUGGGGUAACUGACGUGUGGGCCGAGAAACAUGUCGUCUCACCUCGCCGCGGCCGCUUCCGCCCUUCCUCUCCCUCUUCCUCCGCCGGCGGUCGCCGCGCCUUCCCGCGCCCUCCGAGCUCUAAUCCUGUCCCGGGGCGGCGCCGCCGCCGUAUGCUCCAGUCUGCGCCGCGGCGGCACGCCGGCAUGCCUCGUGCGUCGCCUGUGCUCCCACCACUCCGCCGCGGCGGCGGCGACGGCGUUGGAGGAGGCGCGGCGCGGGCGGAAGCAGCUCGGAAUGACGCCUGCGCUCUACGACUACCUCCUCGCCAACGUCCGCGAGCACCCCAUUCUCCGGGAGCUUCGCGAGGAGACCGCGGCUAUGAGGGGGAGCCAGAUGCAGGUUUCUCCCGCUCAGGCUCAGCUGUUGUCAAUGCUUGUGCAAAUCCUUGGGGCGCGCCGUUGCAUUGAAGUUGGUGUGUUUACUGGGUAUUCAUCAUUAGCUGUUGCACUGGCCCUUCCUGAAUCUGGUCACUUGGUUGCUUGUGAGAGGGAUGACAGAUGCCUAGAAGUUGCCAAGAAGUACUACCAACGUGCUGGUGUUGCACAUAAGAUUGAUGUGAAACAUGCUUUGGCUGCGGAUUCUCUAAGAUCUCUUCUUGAUUGCGGCGAAGCUUCCAGCUAUGACUUCGCAUUUGUUGAUGCUGACAAGAGAAUGUAUGAGGAAUAUUAUGAACUUCUACUGAAGCUAGUAAGAGUUGGUGGUUUAAUUGUAAUGGACAAUGUCCUUUGGUAUGGAAGGGUUGCCGAUCUACUGGUUGAUGACCAAAAGACGAUCAGUAUAAGGAACUUCAACAAGAAAGUUUUAGAGGACAAGCGUGUCGAUAUCAGCAUGGUGCCAAUUGGAGAUGGGAUGACAAUUUGCCGGAAGCUAGUAGAUACUUGAGUUCACAACGUUUUUGUGUAGAUGCGGAAAACUUCUUACCAAGGUCAAGCCCUGAAAAAUCAAACUGGUAUGCAUUAAUCAAGUAAAAAUGAUUAUAGGUGAUGAACCUCUUGGCAUUGACAAUAUCUGUACUGCAAAUGUUGCUAGUGGCCUGGGCUCUACUAACCACAGUGGUGGGGAAGCAGUUGGUGGCAGUAAUUUUGAUUCGCUGCUUAGAACGCUGAGAUGAGUGUGGCGUGUCUUGCACACAGUAUAACUUGAAUUCAAGUACAAAACCAGUGUUAUGGUGUUUUGUUGAUAGACCACAGUUUCAUCUCAGGUGUAUAUGGAACUAUGGAAGUGUGGUGCACGUAUUAAAUUGUGAGUCGUGAUCAUCCAUUUUAUAUCUAAUGGUUGCUCUAUAUAUUUUACAAACAA